AAUGAGUCUUUUAGACGGGCGGUGAAGUUCGUACAGAAAAGAGCUCAGUGGUGCAUAGCAGUGAGUUGUAUUGUGGUGUUAAGAAACAUUGUUGUACCUUGCAAAUUUUCAAUAAACUUAAGGUUUGUUCUUGAUGGAACAUUUAAUUACUUAUGUUUGCGAUAUAUCUGUUAGUGAUCUGUUACCAUAGCUGUACAUAAGGUGUUUUCGAAAUAAAGAUGAAUCAUAAAGUUGGAGCCAACAUGCUUCUCUUGGGGCUAGUAUUGAGUAAUCUAGUGAUAUAUACCUGGGCAUAUCCGCAACAGUAUCAACAGCACCAGUUACACACAGUGGAGCAGAGAAAGUUUGCGGAAAAACCAAACGCCAUUAAGAAAGUGGCACUCGACGACCUCGAUGAGAUACAGACUAACCAGAUACAAGAAGGCGGUUUUUCGUGGUCCAACAUGCUUGGACUAUUGAUGCAAAUGAUUUUCAACGGCGGCGGAGGAGGCGGCGGAAACGUGCCAACAAAAUCUGACGAUAUUGAUAAUGGUGUGUCAACCUUUGGUCAAUCACCAUGGGCAAACGUGAUUUCGGUUGGGUUGAAGAUCAUCACUACCCUUCUAGGAGGAGGUGGUGCAGGGGAUGGUAUUGAUAAGGUUGAUAAUGGAGGAUCACCGAUGCAGAACGUUUUAGCUGCCGUAUUCACAGCCAUGUUUGGCGCCAAAGAUCCGGACCAAGUAAAUACGAUGGCAAAACAGGCUGGAGAGUUCAUUAAUAUCGUCGUAAAUUUGCUGGAUGCACUUAAGACGUCAUUUUCGCAUCGUUCACUGACUGCACGUAGUAUGGGAAAGAAGGAUGUGAUCAGUGAUGCUACUGUUGCUAGUAUAAGCAUGAUGAAAGGAUACGUACGCAGCACGCGAAAUGCAGAUGAUCGUUGCAUGCAGAAAUUUCUCUGUGAAGCUAACACUGACUGCAUGAGCGCAAUUGGAGGAUCCAGCAUUUUUUGUCAACUAGGAUCAUAUGCUACGAGCUACAUCCUAGAGCGACAGACAGGUAAAUCGUUCGAAAACUUUUAUGAAGCUGGUAGGAAUGGCCGUUCCGGAUUCGAUUGCCGACAGCUAUACCUUGAAUGUAAUGAAGUGUAAAUCAAAGCGAUUAAUUAGAGAAAACAAGAAAAAAAUGGCAAUUUGCUAGGCGAAUGAGAAAAAUUCAACACUUGUUUUUGAUCCACAUUUAUACAAAGACAAUACUACAACUGUCCAGGAUCGAUGGUAAAAAUGGCAAAACAUAAUUUUAUGAUUCCUGCCGUCAAAAUCGAUAAGCCAACAUGUAGCUUUUAAAUUUAUUUUAUAUGUAGAGGUAAAGAAAAGUUUUCGUGUCCGUUCUAUUUAUACUUAUUUAUAAACAUCCUUUAUUUAUUUGGCUAUAGUUCUGUAGUUUUCUGAGCAACUAACUAAUAUGUUCAAAUUCAUCAUGCCGAGCAGUAAAGUGAGAAUUUCAACAUAGUGCAUGUUUAUCUAUAUAAAUCAAUCACUUAUCCAAGCAAUUCUCACGAGUGAUAAACUAAGCUAAAAAUAAAAUAGUUGAUUAUUGCAUACAAAUUCUCCAUCUGUGUGCCGCUCACAAUAAAAAGACACAUCUUUUACCAAUUUAAAUUUAUGAGAUGUACCAUGUAAAACUACAAACGAGCCUUUCACAUACAUAAAAUCACGACACAACUACCUAUCCCUGUGAUAGUUACUAAAGUGAACACUAUUUAUUGCAAAAUAAAAACAAAAUAAUAGACCAGGAACAA